AACAAUAAAGCGUACCAUAAUUAGUAAGAUGAAAGUAAUGAGAUGCUGAUUACUAAUUAGUGCGAAAAUUCUGAAUACAUGAAGACAAUUAAUUGAGGUUCAAGUCCAACCGUAUUGUAAACUAAUUGUAAAUACAAAUGAGAUUUUCUGCUGAAAACUCAGUCGAUGUAAAUAGUAUGCGAAAGCCGGUUAAAUAAUAAGGAUACUUGUAAACUCUUAUGAAGAUCUGAAUUUUGGCUUAUAUGACUUAAAUUUGUGUUCAUUUUGAAGUUUAAAAUGAAAAUACUCAUCCAAAUUUUGCUGAAUAUCGCUUUUGUUGUAUACUCUCAUGAACAAAAUACAUCUAUUCCUGUAGUGUUAUGGCAUGGAAUGGGUGAUAGCUGUUGUAAUCCUCUCAGCCUGGGUAGAUUGAUGAAAGUUAUGAAAGCCAAUAUGCCAAACAACUCGUACAUCAAAUCAAUACAAAUAGGCGAUGAUAUGGGACAAGAUAUCGAGAACAGUUUCAAAAUGAAUGUUAAUUUACAAGUGCAAAAUGCUUGCAAGCAAAUUGCUAAAGAGAAGAAUUUAGCUAAUGGUUACAACGCGAUUGGAUUUUCACAAGGAAGCCAGUUUUUAAGAGCAGUUGCGCAAAGAUGUCCAAAUCCACCGAUGCUCAAUUUAAUAUCUAUAGGAGGUCAACAUCAAGGUGUUUAUGGGCUUCCUCAUUGCUUUUACCCGCAGCAUAAGUGGUGUGAUUACCUUCGUAAGCUUUUAAACUAUGGAGCGUAUUGGGGAUGGGUUCAGAAUCAUUUCGUGCAAGCUGAAUAUUGGCAUGACCCCCUGAAAGAGCAAGAUUACAUUAAAUACAGCGUUUUUCUCGCAGAUAUCAACAAUGAAAGAGAGAUGAAUUAUAUUUAUCGAAAAAAUUUAAUGCAAUUGAAAAAUUUCGUUUUGGUUAUGUUUGAGAGUGACUCUAUGAUGAUUCCCAAGGAAUCAGCCUGGUUUGGAUUCUAUACACCAGGUCAAAAUGUGAACAUAACUAAAUUGGAAGAUAGUGUUUUAUAUCAAGUGGAUAGGAUCGGAUUAAAACGACUCAAUGAGGAAAACAAACUUCAUUUUAUCUCGUUACCUGGAGAUCAUUUACGAUUUACCGAAGAAUGGUUCGUGAAGGAAAUCAUACAAAAAUAUCUAGUGUAAUGUACGAGCCACAAAACAUCAUACACCAUAUCGAACUGAUUCUUCUUGUAAAUCUAGUCUUAGGAGCAAAUGGUAUCAAAAAUUAAAAAUAUGUGUCUGGGUUUUAGAAGAACGACGAAAUUUUAUCUUCGUUGUUUGAUCUUUCAAUAUUGAAAAAAAGGGCUAGGUAGUGUUCUUGAAUACGAUCUCCUAUUCUCCUUUCCUUAAAAAUUACGUUUUUUGUUGUCAUUCAGGUCAUUUCUAUUUUCGUUCUUUUUUUUAGUUUUUUACAUGAAUAUGUUUCUGAAGUUGACACGGUGAAAAAAGAUAGUGAUAUGCUGGAGUUGAACAUUUCAAAAAAUGUCCUACAAAAACUAAUUCGAUAAUUAUUUUACCAACUUUUCUUUCCAUUUUCAAGCUAAAUAUAAACGAUGACUCAGUUCAUUUCAAUUUUUUUCUGUCAUUUUGUAACGUUUAUCCAAAUAUUUUUCAAUGUUCUCGAAUAUCUUUCUUACGAGUCUUUUCCAAUAGGUAUUUGGUAUGCUUAAAGACGCCACAUUUCAGUAACAUGUUCUCAAUUUAAAACCUCUUUACAGACGAAAUUAAUUCAUCGAAAAUUCUUUUCUCCUAUUGUGAAAAUACUUAUGAAGGUAUUUUCUCUAUUUGUGAUGUAAAACGUUACUUGUGAUUUUACAAUAUUGAAAUAAGUUGAUUUGCACUGUUUUAUUAAAAUACAUGAGUAUUGUGAAUCUCCUUCACAAUGAGAUGGAUGCCUUAAAAAAUUUUGUUUCCUAAAAUAAAGGCAUUUAUUAUUAUUAGUGGUGUAUAUGUGAAUUACUGUGAUUUUACUUGGGAAAUUUUGUAUUUUUGAUAAAUAAUCGUAUAGACAUUAUUAUAAGGGUACUAUUUUUCAUGUUUUAAAUGACACUUACUUGUACGCAAUGACUGUAGAACGUGGUAAAUUGCAUCAGGGAUUUCACACGCAAUAAUUUUUAAAAAUAAACUUAAUUUGACUGUGAAA